AUGGUUCGAUUCAAUAUCAGCAACAUCAUUGGCGAUCCGUUCGCACUUGCCACUAUCUCUAUAUCCCUUCUUGCAUGGAUAAUUGCUUUCAUCUCGUCCAUUAUUGCGGAUGUCGAGACUCUGUUCCCUAACUUGGUCUGGUGGGCCACCGUUUACAUGCUGCUCUGCAUUAUUGGGGUCAUCAUUGUUGUGGGAUCAGAUACUAGUUUGACGUAUGGUGUUGCGAUUGUUGGGUAUCUUUCUUCGGGCCUCGUCUUAACGAGUCUUGCUGUCAAUUCCCUGGUGUCUGAGCCACAGGCAGCGAAACAGGCCGGUUCCGCUGGUUUCAUACUGUUGUCUAUGAUUAAUAUUAUUUGGAUAUUCUACUUUGGAUCUACACCACAGGCUACUCACCGCCGCACUAUCGAUUCUUUCGCCCUGAACAAGGAAGGAUCACAAUUCCACAACCGUCCUGUAUCCAACGCGUUUGGUGCCCGUCCCGACACGACUGUUAGCCAGCCUCCUCAGAUGUACACAUCUGCGCAACUCAGUGGUUUUGAAACCUCAUCUCCCGUGUCAGGCUAUCCCGGUGGUCCACCAGGCUCGGACAAACGCAAUACAACUACAACAGCUUUUGGUGGUGUUGGCCCCAACACCAAUGGCAGCGGUAACGCCGAGACCUCGAAUGAAGUGGGCCAGCCAACGGAAUAUCCAUACAAGGCAAAAGCGAUAUACUCAUACGACGCGAACCCCGAUGAUGCGAAUGAAAUCAGCUUCGCCAAGGGUGAGGAGCUAGAAGUGUCUGAUGUCAGUGGACGAUGGUGGCAAGCAAGGAGAGCAACUGGUGAGACAGGUAUUGCGCCAUCAAAUUACCUAAUCCUGCUAUGA